AUGGGGUCAGCAUCUCAUUCUGGCUAUCUCUCUCCAGGCUGCUCCCCUAGGAAGUGUGGGCGGGGCAUCACCGACACCGUCAUCACCAGGGAUGAAGCCCGGAGGAUUCGCAGCAUAGCCGAGAAGGGGCUGUCCCUGGGAGGAUCUGACGGAGGGGCGUCCAUCCUGGACUUGCACUCAGGAGCCCUGUCUGUUGGGAAGCACUUUGUGAACCUGUACAGGUGGUUUGGUGACAGAUGGAAGAAUAUCAUGAGCUGCACUGCUCCUGGGUGACGCCUGUGUCCUCUCUACAGGGACGUGCGGCAGAAGGUCCAGCUCACAAUCGCCCAGGCUUUCGGCAUCAGCGCAUCUUCGCUGCACCUGACCAAGCCCACGUUCUUCUCCCGCAUCAACAGCACCCAAGCCCGGACAGCACACGACGAGUAUUGGCACGCGCACGUGGACAAGGUGACCUAUGGCUCCUUUGACUACACCUCGCUGCUCUACCUCUCUGACUACCUGGACGACUUCGGUGGAGGGAGAUUUGUGUUCGUGGAGGAGGGGGCCAACAAGACAGUGGAGCCAAGAGCAGGCCGGGUGUCCUUCUUUACCUCAGGGUCCGAGAACCUGCACCGUGUGGAGAAGGUCCACUGGGGCACCCGCUACGCCGUCACCAUCGCCUUCACCUGCAACCCCGACCACGGGAUCGCAGACCCUGAGUUCACGUAGCCCUCCUGUUCACGGCGCCCUCCCGCUGGGAAGCAGCCACACGGAACAGAACGUCCUCCUCUCCCCAU